AUGUCUGAUAAUUCGACUUUUAAAUGCAAUUUGCAAUUUGAAGUGAAUUGGGAAAUCACCAAAUACAUUUUUCAAUUGAUAUAUUUGGUUCCUGGCGCGAUUUUCAUCGCUGAUAUGUUAUAUGUGUUAACUUUUAAGCAAUGGAAGUUCUAUGCGGAUAAUUUCUAUAUUCGUAUCUUUAUUUUUGAAUUGGCAACGGUGAGUAGGAAAAAUUCCAGCCUAGUUAUGAUAGUCAUGAACUAAUUUCAUGACUUUUAUUAAAAGUUAUCAUAUCUUUUCACUGAAGCUUUGCUUCAACAACGUAUAUCUGCCACGUCAUAGCUCACAUAUCUUGGAGUACAAUUUUUAGUCUUAAGAAUCAACUUUUUCUAAAAAUCCCACAAUGCAACACAUUUCUCCCGAUAUUCACUCCUCUCCCCCUUUUCUCUGCCUCCUCCUUUCAUAUCCUGACAAUAUGCGCAUUGUUUUAUGUCUGCAUCCUUAGCGCAGUCGGGUAGGGGAUGGACUGCCAAUCAAUGUGUGUGGUCAUUUUGGUGGGUUCGAGUCCCACCGCAAGCUGUUUUCGUUCCUAUAUCCUCUAAUGUAAUUUUCGAUCGAAAAUCUUCAUUCGAAAAUGUCCCAAAAAAGCGUCAACAUUUCUGUUGAAAAGAGAGAGGGCGCAGAGAAAGAUUGAAGGCAGAGAAAAAAGGAGAAGAGAUUGGGAAAAGGAAUCUUUUUGCUAAUUUGUGCCAAAAUUAACAUCAAAUUGUACAGAAUUUUUUGAGGAUUUUUAUAAGAAUGUUGCCAUAUCAAAGGAGACCGUUACGCCUGGGAGCUAACAGCUCCUAGUCGUAUGUAAUAAACAAUUGUAGCUUUCGAAAAAAAAAUUUUUCAACAAGUCACGUCAUAACUUUUUUUCUAGUACUUGUUCACCCUAUAAUUUUUAAGAUAAUUUUCAUAUGAGAUCACAAAAAAUACCAAAUUCUACUCUGAGCAAUCCCAUUCUUCCAGAGCCUAUUCCUAAUAAUCCAAGACAUUUUCUUCGGUCGUCUCACAAUGUACAUCCCUCCCCUUUGCCCAAUUCUCGGCCCAUAUUUCAAACAAAACCCAGCUCUCCUCAAAUUCCAAAUGGUAUCCCUGAACUAUGUCCGCGCCUCAAAAUCAGUAACCCAAAUAUUCCUCACCCUAAAUCGUAUGACUUGUGUAAUCUUCCCAAUAACUCAUUUAGCAUAUUGGAGCAAAUACAUAAAUCUAGUCAUUAUUUUGAAUAUCUUCCUACCAUUUGGUGCAAUCUGGAUUCUAAUAAUCAGUGAAGUUUAUCCGAAUCCAACCUAUGGUGGAUUCUCAUCAAACUACAAUCGAGCUAUUGAUUGGGCGACUAUUUCAAGAUUUCAAUCAUUAUAUCUAGUCAUCUCAAUGUUUUUCACUUUAAUCUUCACAAUCUUAACCUUCUAUGGCUUACGGAAACUGGCAAAACGUGUGCAUUAUCUCGAAAAAAUCCUAUGCAUUGUCACAUUUUUCAUAACUUUCGGUUUCAUUUUCGUAGCCUGUUUGCAAUUUGUCUGGGUAUUCUGCUGGACAUGUUCAGAAAACUAUCCCUCUUUAUACAUGAUUCAAUUCCUAACCUACGAUUUUCUCAAUGUUGGGUGAGGUGUAAACCCGGAGCAUCGUUUGAAAAAUCCAUAUUUUUCUAGGACUCCGAUAGUUAUGGUUAUAAUUAACAAACAAUUACGUUUUCAUAUGUUCCCAUCUCACAGAACUGCAGAUAACCGUGAAUUGAAAACGUUCACCUCAGUUCAAGCAAGAAUCUGA